CGUACUAAACUCGACACAGGACCGCCAUCACUAGAUUACCCGACUAAAACACCAUUAGUUAAUUAUCCGGAAGCGGAAAAAAAAUAAAAUAAAAAAAUAAAUAAAAAAAACUCGUCGCGGUGCACGUUGAAGCUCCUCGAGCGAGUUUAGCUUCGCUUAGCCUGUUAGCCCGCUAGCAAACAGAGAUACAGUGCGAAGUGUUGUGAUUAUCGUGUGAAAAUGUGCGAUGAAAGUCGGGAAGAAGAAGAAGAGUGCGACGGGGAACUUUUCGGGACAAAAGAGGAGACCGAGCGACAAGAUGUUGCUGAAGAAGGUCUCGGUCCUGAGCAGCAGAAGCCCGAGCCUCCUCACGUGAAAGAGGAAGAGGAGGAGGCCGAUAUCACCCGGUUCCCAGUGGCGGCUGGCGUCGUGAAGCGGGAAGACGAUGAAGAGCGAGACGCCAGUGAAGGUUUUCGUCCUGAGCGUCAGGAGCCAGAGCGCACGCACUUUAAAGAAGAGGAUGAUAUCACAAAGUUUCCCUUGAUUGGUGUCAUUGUGAAGCGGGACGAAGGCGAUGACGGAUCCCAAUCAGGUGGCCUCUUAGCUCCGCUGUCAGAUAGUGACGACAUAACGUCGCGCUCCCCUGACACUGAUGUUGCAGAUGAUGAUGAAUACGCUCAAGAUGAAGAUGUUCAUCCUGAGCAUCAGGAGCCAGAGCCCCCACACGUUAAAGAGGAAGAGCAGGAAGCUGAAAUCACGGCGUUUACAUUUACGGGUGUCAUUGUGAAGAGUGAGGAUGACGGAGAGCAAGGCCAAGACGUCAGUGAAGAAGAUCUUCGCCUCGAGCAGCAGGAGCCGGAGCGCGCGCGCAUUAAAGACGACGAGCAGGAGGACGAUAUGACCGAGUUUCCAUUGAUUGUCAUUGUGAAGAGUGAAGAUUGCGAUGAACACCACUAUGGAGGAUUCAAUUCAGAAAACCUCUUAGCGCCACUCUCAGUUGGUGACCACAUCGCGGCACACUAUCCUGACAUUGACGUUGACGAACACUCUAAAGGUGAUAUGCCUUGUCACACUGACAGCAAACACUUGAAAUGUUCUCAGUGUGACAGAACUUUUUACAACACGUCAACACUGAAAAGACACACAAGAACACACACCGGAGAAAAACCUUUUGCCUGCUCAAUUUGUGACAAAGGAUUCACUCAAAAGGGACAUUUAAUAGCACACACACGGACACACACUGGGGAGAAACCUUUUGCCUGCUCAGUAUGCGGUAAAGGGUUUUCCAGAAAGGGAGAUUUAAGUAUACACACAAGAACACACACUGGUGAGAAACCCUUUGCCUGCUCAGUUUGUGGUACAAGAUUCAGACAGAAGGGAGAUUUAAUAGCGCACUCAAGAACCCACACUGGGGAGAAACCUUUUGCCUGCUCAUUUUGUGGCACAAGGUUUACCCAGAAGGGACAUCUAAUAGCACACACAAAAACACACACCGGAGAGAAAACCUUUGCCUGUUCAUUUUGUGGUUCAAGAUUUACACAGAAGGGAGAUUUAAGAAUACAUAUAAGAACACACACUGGGGAAAAACCUUUUGCUUGCUCAGUUUGUAACUUAAGUUUCAGUGUACGUUCAACAUUAAUUCAACACAUGAGGACACACACUGGUGAGAAACCCUUUUCCUGCUCAGUUUGUAGUAAAAGUUUCUCUAAAAAGACCAAUUUAACUGCACAUACUAGAACGCAUGCUGGAGAGAAACCUUUUGCCUGCACAGUUUGUGGGAAAGGUUUCACUCAGAAGGGACAUUUAAUGGCACACACAAGAACACACACCGGGGAGAAAACAUUUGCCUGCUCAGUUUGUGAUAAAAGAUACACUCAGAAGGAACAUUUAACAACACACAUACGAACGCACACUGGUGAGAAACCAUUCAGUUGCAGUGCGUGUGAUAAAAGAUUCCAUGUUAAGCGUCAGGUUAAGAGACACAAGUGUGCUGGUGUCAGAGCAGUGGUCAAUGAUGCUAUAGAAUAAACCUAAGAAACUGAGGUUGUGUUGGAUGUUGUUCCCAAAAAACGAAUUAAUUUAGGAACAUUAUUGUGGUGUGGGCUACAGUAUAUAAUUGACUCAUCAAAUUAAAAAUGGGAACAUUGUUUUGAUGUUUAUCAAAAUGUGUUGUACAUAAUUGUUUGUUUCUAUUUUCUUUAUAGCUCCUUCUUAUUCCACAUAUACCGGUGGCGACCAUUCACACAUUUAUUUGAUAUCGAAAUCCUUAUAAAUCCUAUAUGACUUCGCUCGUCGCACGUGUACAAUACAUAUAGAAUAUAAACAACCCGAACAUGUUCUGUGUUAAUUGAAUCAUCUUGCGGAAACUUGUAUUUGAAAUCAAAGGCGCUUGUUCGAACACAUAACCUCGUGUCAAUGACUGAAAGGAUGAACUGAUAUCUGUCUGGGUGUACACUAUACAGUACUUGAGAAGCUCAAACUAAUAGAUAUGAUCUGCAUUUGCUUUUUUUUUUUCUUUUUUUUUUUCUCUCAAUAUGGAACAUUAACAAUAGGUUGACAUGUUUUCCUGUCCUAUCACAAUUUGUAUGGGUGCGGCUCAACUCACAGACCACAAGGAAAUUGUUUUCGUGUGAGAAUGAUCUUUUUCUUUUCUUGCACAUUGGGGUUUUUAUACCAGACCUUGUGUUCCCCGAUUUCAAUGUUGUGAUUGUAUUGAGUGUCUGUCCGCAAAACGUUUCCAUAUGCUUUCAUGUUUCGAGGCCAGUAAAUUUGCCGUCGAGUUCUGUAGCGCUUUCAUGCUUGCUCGCUGUAAAUAAAGUUUUCUUUUUGUUCGACAAGCUUGUAUCAGUGGAGUCUUCCUUCAACAUCGACGCCUGAUCAUCUUCCAUCCCGGGAAGGAGAAGGUGCCUGGAGCACCACAUCCCAGAAU